GGAUCGCGGCUGGUCAGGCGCAUCACGCUCAUCGCGCGUGACGGCUCUUUUCCCGCUCGCUCGGCGGAAUGCUGCUGGCGAGCGGUGAGGCCGUGCUUGCCGAGUGGCGAAUUCCUGGUUCUGACAAACAAUAACAGCGAGCCUUCUCGAAGGAUCUACGGACUUCAGUAACCGUCGUAUUUACUGAAUUCCUACCGGGGUCUUUCGGGGAGGAUCGCUGUUCAUAUAAGGAGAAAAUCUCGGGUGCGGCUCGCAGUUCCUGGAGAGCAAUUCGCGCGACUUAUAAUCGACGCUGUAGGCCGAUCUGCUUUGGCUAACCGGAAUCCACUUCUGGCCGUCCCCUUUUUUCGUUUCCCGCCGAAUUUUCGCUGCUCUGCUUUUCACUCGCUAAACAUCUCCGCUCGCGCACAUUCGCUGGUCCUUCGAGCCGGAUUCUCUUGUUGCUGGUGCCGGUGUUGGAGUGAGUGCAGUGACGGUGAAGUGACUCAAGAAUCCUGCAAGCGGCAUCCGUUGUUGGAGUGAAAUGAGUCACCCUGUGGAAGAUCUCGUGCAAGCACAGCACGAUUUGUUCGGGCUUCUUUCGCGAUCGUACGAGAAUAUGAAGAAGGCCGGAGAAGCGAAUAUAACGCUCGGGCUAUUGGAAGCCCGCCUCCAGACGUUGGAGGGUUAUUGGAGCAAAUUUGUGACACGGCAUGAGCAGUUGCUCAUGGAGUACGGAGACGUCCUUGAGGAGCACGAGUAUGUGACUGAGGACUUGAUGCUCAAGGCCGAUAUUUCGUACCAUACACAAAAGGGCAAAUAUCUGGACGACGUACGUGCGAUAAUUGGACCGGUCAAUUCGGCAGUCGCCUCGCCCGCUGCCGCCGUCGCAGCCGCUGCUCCCGCCGUCGCGGUGGCUGCUCCCGUCGCUACGAAGUUACCUCGCAUCUCCAUACCUCAGUUUUCUGGGCGUUAUGAAGACUGGCCAGCUUUUCGCGACCUCUUUACUUCUCUGGUGGUCCGCAAUCCGUCCGCCACGUCGGUGGAGAAAUUGCACUACUUGAAGACGAGCUUGAAGGGGGAAGCGGAACAAGUGACUCGACAACUGCCGACAACGGAAGCGAACUUUGAGCGUACCUGGCGUGCUUUGGUCGAUCAUUAUGAGAACAGGAGACUCCUGGUGCGGUCCUACAUCUCCAGGUUGCUGUCAUUGACCAAGAUGAAAGGUGAGUCUGCUGCCGAGUUGCGCAAAAUUUAUCAUUGCGUGCAGACCACCUUAGGCUCAUUGGAAGGGAUCGGUCGACCCUUAGCGCGGAGUGACGAUCUUUGCGUGCAGUUAAUCACUGAGCUUCUUGACACGGUAUCGCGACGCGAGUGGGAGACACAGCUUAGCCGGACGACGGAACCACCGUCUCUCGAUGAGUUGCUCGUUUUCGUCAGCCAACGGAUGCGUACACUCGAGUCGCUCGCACCCGCGAAAAACGAGGCUAGCCCGUCCAAGGCUUGCUCAAGUUCUGCCCGAUCGAGGGCCGCGUUGCAAGUCCGUAAGCAGGAAAGUCAACGAGGCCGUUGCUUUCUCUGCAAUAGUGAGCAUUACGUGCGACAGUGCGAGAAGUAUCUCGGGAAGUCGGUGGCGGAGCGCAGGCAGUACGUGGAGGCGAGUGGCUUAUGCUUGAACUGCCUCGGAAGGCAUAAGUUGGCCGAGUGCCCAUCGCAAAAAACAUGUUUAUCGUGCAGUGAGCGUCACCACUCGACGUUGCAUGACGCCUUUGUUGCCGUCGCAGCGGUCACGGUGCACGCUACGACGCCGAGACCGGCGGCGGCUGUCGCUACGCUGAUGAUGACCGCACGCGUCCGCGUAACCGACCGGCACGGUGUUGAUCACUUUACGCGGGCUCUAAUCGAUCCUGGAGCGGAGUCAUCGCUGGUGACGGAGUCGCUGGCACAGCGACUCCGAUUGCCUCGCUCACAGGCUUCCGUGGCGGUGUUCGGAGUCGGUGGCGUCCAGACGGGUGUUGCACGCGGGCAGAUCGACUUGCGCGUCUCGCAUCGUCGAGAGGGCUCCCCGAUUGUUGUGUCGGCACUGAUAUUCCCUCGCCUGCCGCUCUACGAGAGCGAUAUGCGGGUUAACGUUUCAGGAUGGUCCCAUCUGGCGGGCCUAACUCUCGCUGACCCGGACUUCCUGAGGGCGGACCCAGUGGACCUCCUCUUGAGCGCAAACGUGUAUGCCACCAUCCUCCGGACCGGCCUGCGGAGGGGCGGACCAGGCCAGCCUGCGGCGCAGCGGACAUCACUGGGCUGGCUUCUGGUGGGGCCCGUCAGCGCGGCGGAGACUCCUUCACGUGCUCUGGCCUUGCAUUGUCGUGUUGAGGACGAUCUCACUUCGUUGGUGAGAGGAUUCUGGCAGCAGGAGGAGCUCUCGGUGGGACCGGCGCCUCUUACUUCGUCUGAACAGGAGUGUGAGGACUUGUUCAGUCAUUCACACCGCCGACAGGACGACGGCCGCUACGUCGUUCGUCUCCCGGUGGUCAAUCCGCUGCCUGAAUUAGCGGCUACCAGGCGCGCUGCCUUGCGCGCCCUUACAGGGAUGGAGAAGAGGUUCACUCGCGAUGACCGACUGCGCGAGCUGUACCUCGACUUCAUGCGGACGUACGAGGAACUCGGACAUAUGGUUCGCUCGGACGCCGCGACGGGAACCCGAGUGAGCUAUUUACCUCAUCAUGGUGUACUGCGUGAGGCCAGCUCGACCACUAAGCUGCGCGUGGUGUUUAAUGGCUCUACGACGGUUUCCUCCGGAGAGUCGCUGAAUCGGAGCCUCCUGGUGGGCCCGAAUCUGUUACCUCCACUUGCUGACGUCUUACUGCGCUGGCGAUUGCAUCGCUAUGUCCUGGCCACGGACGUAGAGAAGAUGUAUCGCCAAAUUCUGGUCCACCCUGAGGACCGGGACCUCCAGCGCGUCCUUUGGCGGUAUAGCAUCCGGGAUAAGGUGGCGGAGUUCCGCCUUAACACCGUGACAUACGGUUUAGCCUGUGCACCGUUCCUGGCUAUGCGCACUCUCCGCCAGCUGGCCGACGAUGAAGCGGACACCUAUCCUUUAGCCGCUCGUGCUCUACGCCGGGACGUUUAUAUGGACGACGUUCUGACAGGCGCCUCAAGCCUGGAGGAGGCGCUGGAGUUGCGACAACAGCUGACCGACAUGUGCAUGGCGGGCGGCUUCCCCCUGCGCAAGUGGUCAGCUAACGAGUCGCGAAUCUUGCGGGACGUUCCGGCGGAGCACCGCAUGCAGCAGGCGCUGCGGGAUUGGGGACCGCCCGAGACGCACGGGACCUUGGGCUUGCAGUGGCAUCCCGUCUCUGACGAAUUUUCAUUCGCCAUUCCGGCGAUCUCUUUGACCGACGUGACUAAGAGGUCGGUGCUGUCCUUGACAGCCCGGCUGUUUGAUCCUUUAGGUUGGCUGGCGCCGGUUGUGGUACGGGCUAAGAUUGCCUUCCAGUCGACUUGGCUGAUGAGUCUUGGCUGGGACGACCCUCUCGACGAGACCAAUAGACAAAUGUGGCGCGAGUACGAGGCGGGACUCCCCCUUCUACGGAGUGUGCGGGUUCCGCGACGAUUGGAUGCGGGUUUGUCGAUCGGCGACGCGGAGCUCCAUGGGUUUGCCGACGCCUCGGAGCGAGCCUACGCCGCUGUCAUCUACUUGCGGACUAGCUCCGGUGCGUCCUGGAGAACCUGCCUCGUUGCGGCCAGAACUAAGGUCGCGCCCAUAAAACCUGUGACGCUACCUAGGCUGGAGUUGUGCGCCGCUACCCUCCUGGCGAGACUGGCGUCACACGUUCGCGCCACUCUCGGUCUUGAUCGGACGGCGAUGCACCUGUGGUCGGACUCAACGGUCGCCCUGGGCUGGAUACGCGGCCACCCGACACGGUGGAAGACCUUUGUGGCAAACCGCGUUGCCGAAAUUCAGACCAGGGUCUCUGACGCUCAGUGGCAUCAUGUGCCUGGCCCGGAUAAUCCAGCUGACUGCGCUUCCCGCGGACUUGCGCCGGGAGAGCUGGUGCCACACCAGCUCUGGUGGCGGGGUCCGCGUUGGCUCCGGGCGGAGUCGACGUCCUGGCCUGAGGCUGACCGAGGGACUCCCCGUGACGGCUGGCCGGAGGAGAGAGUUCACGCGCGAGCGGCCAGGACCACGCCCGUCAGCGUGAAGGAGCCUGCUGAGCUCUUGCGCUUCUCGAGCCUCAAUCGUCUGCUGAGAGUGACAUCGUGGUGCCGACGCUGGCUUCGUCUUAGACCGACUGCUACGCCCGCGGCCAUAGAGGACGGCCGGGGUCGAUAUGGAGGCAAGCUACUGACGGACGAGCUGGAGGAGACGAGGUUAGCUUGGAUUCGACAAGUCCAGGCUGACCACUACCGGUUGGAGCUGGGAGUCGUGCGGCGGGGUCAGCCUCUGCCGACGUCCAGCCCUCUUGCCCGAUUUACCCCCCUUUUAGGUCACCAGGGUCUACUGCGCGUGGGAGGUCGCCUUAAGCACGCGCUUCUCGCUUAUGACGAGCGACAUCCGGCGCUGCUGCCUGGGGACUCUCAUUUUGCCCGGCUGGUGGUGGAGGACUGCCACCGACGCACGUUGCACGGCGGCGUUCAGAUGACCCUGGGGAUGGUUCGUCAACGAUACUGGGUUCCUCGUGGACGCGCGGUGGUGAAGAAGUGGCUGCACCGUUGCGUGGUUUGCACUCGAUGGCGGGCGACCACUCCCCAGCAGCUAAUGGGCAGCCUUCCACGGGAGAGAGUAACAGCGGGGAGGCCCUUCCUCGACACCGGCGUUGACUACGCCGGCCCAAUUCAGCUGCGAACAACCAAAGGACGAGGCCAGCGGGCCUACAAAGGAUUCAUCGCGGUCUUCGUCUGCCUGUCUACCCGUGCCGUGCACCUGGAAGCGGUGUCCGACUACACUGCCGACGCUUUUCUGGCGGCCUUGCGUCGGUUCGUUUCGCGCCGUGGUCUCUGUCUAACCCUCCGGAGCGAUUGCGGAACCAACUUCGUCGGCGCCGACGCGCAGUUGCGGAGUUUCUUCGCCCCUGGUAGCCCUGAGUUGCAUCGGAUCGUCGGACAGCUUGCCAGCGAUCGUAUUCGGUGGCAGUUCAAUCCUCCGUCGGCGCCUCAUUUUGGCGGAAUUUGGGAGGCCGCCGUAAAGUCCUUGAAGCAUCACCUGCGGCGAGUGUUGGGUGACGCGACCCUAACGUUCGAGGAAAUGAGCACCCUCCUCGCCCAGGUGGAAGCCUGUCUGAAUUCGCGACCGCUCCAGGCCUUGUCCGACGAUCCUGAUGACCUCGCCGCCCUCACGCCGGGUCAUUUCUUGGUGGGAUCCCCUCUUACGGCCGUGCCUGAGCCUUCAAUGCGGGAGUUGCCGGCGAGCCGCUUGACUCGCUGGCAGCUUCUGCAACAAAUGCGUGACCAUUUCUGGGACCGAUGGUCCCGUGAGUAUCUUCACUCCCUCGUCCAUCGACCGAAGUGGCGGAGGGAGGUCGCAGAUUAUCGAGUGGGACGCCUGUGUCUCCUCCGAAAUGAGAGCACUCCUCCGUCGCGCUGGCCACUCGCGCGAAUCGUGCGGGUGCACGUGGGGGAGGAUGGCCAGAUUCGCGUCGUCACUGUCCGGACGGCUGCGUCGGAGUUCACGCGACCAGUAGUCAAGCUCAUAUUAUUGCCGGUUGGAGAGGGCGAACAGAACCAGGAGUCGCUUGACUAGCGCCGAGGGUGGUCUCCGGAGACGCUUUAGCAUUUUGUAAUUAUCAUUAACUCGACCUGGACCGAUCGCCCUGGCUCGGGCGAGGCGGGCGGGAUGUUCGGGAUCGCGGCUGGUCAGGCGCAUCACGCUCAUCGCGCGUGACGGCUCUUUUCCCGCUCGCUCGGCGGAAUGCUGCUGGCGAGCGGUGAGGCCGUGCUUGCCGAGUGGCGAAUUCCUGGUUCUGACAAACAAUAACAGCGAGCCUUCUCGAAGGAUCUACGGACUUCAGUAACCGUCGUAUUUACUGAAUUCCUACCGGGGUCUUUCGGGGAGGAUCGCUGUUCAUAUAAGGAGAAAAUCUCGGGCGCGGCUCGCAGUUCCUGGAGAGCAAUUCGCGCGACUUAUAAUCGACGCUGUAGGCCGAUCUGCUUUGGCUAACCGGAAUCCACUUCUGGCCGUCCCCUUUUUUCGUUUCCCGCCGAAUUUUCGCUGCUCUGCUUUUCACUCGCUAAACAUCUCCGCUCGCGCACAUCUGUAA